AUGUCAGUUUAUUCUUAUCUAUCUAUCUAUCUAUCUAUCUAUCUCAUUAUAUUCUUAUCUAUCUAUCUAUCUAUCUAUCUAUCUAUCUAUCUAUCUAUCUAUCUAUCUAUCUCAUUAUAUUCUUAUCUAUCUAUCUAUCUAUCUAUCUAUCUAUCUAUCUAUCUAUCUAUCUAUCUAUCUAUCUCAGUUUAUUCUUUUCUAUCUAUCUAUCUAUCUAUCUAUCUAUCUAUCUAUCUAUCAUUUGAAGCUUUUUCUAAAUUACAAACAAAUUUUCUUAUUUUGUAUUUUUACCAUUUCCCUUUCAUUCUUUCAUUCUUUCAAAUACUCUCUUUUUCUUUAUUUCUCUCUCUUUCUUUAAAAUACUUAUCAUUCAGUUUUACUCUUUAUUUUUUCUUUCUUUCCUUCUUUCAAUAUUUACUAAUCUCUUUUUAUUUCCAUUCAAAUAAUUUUUACUGUGUUAUACUCCUUUUUCUCUUUUUUUAUUUCAUUUUCAUUAAAAUACUUAUUGCUCUGUGUUAUCCUUUAUUUUUUCUUUCUUUUCUUUCAAUAUUUAUUACAUUCUUUUCUUCUUUUUUUCUUUCUUUUUUUUAA